UUUCUCAAGAUACAGCAGCUUCCAGCUUCUUGCACCUGGCGCCUCUGUUACAGCCGCAUUUUCGGGCUGCAAACUCUCUCCGUCUUUUGACGGCGUGAACAUGUAUUCUAUACUAUACAUUGUGCGGCAUUUGCUUGCGGUGCCCGUUGUUUUUCUCCUUUACUUUUCCUUUCCAUUUCUUUGCUAAAGAAACAACGAUGUUAGCUAAAAUAGCUCCUACGAAUUGGCUGUACUCGGAAAACGAUUGAUUUUUGACCAAUCGUGAUCUGUAAAAUGGACGGACAAGUGCACCGUUCAAGUUUACACGGGGGAAAUGCCCACCCACACCCUUUGGAUUUUGGAAUGCUCCAGUUAAACAGUUGAAUGGUAUUAAGGCCGUCCUCAAAGUGAGCGUAAACUAUUCGGAUUUCUUUUCUUGAAUAGUGCCGUGGCCGUAGCAGCCAUUUGUUUGAGCGGCCGUUCGGGAAAUCUCCCGAGUCUCCCGAUGGCCAGUCCGACCCUGGUCUCACGGCGAACGCGUGAGUCUUGAGAGCCCUGCACAUAUGUCUAUGGCCCUGCAGACAGGGACCACAGGUAUGCUGGUCUUCUGAUUGGCUGCAACAUUUGACUCCCGGAGGCGUGUCCAUGGAGCAUGCGUGCUGGACAGCGUGUAGAGCGUGUGAGAGUAAAGAAAGUUUUCCUCGAUCUUGUUGCUCUCCGCUGUAACUCUUCUUAGCACAGGGACCCACCGCACGCCGACACAUAAUACAGCCGCUUCUACUCCAACCAGAGAAAGGGUCAGGGUAAGGGAACGUACUUCUGUAAAACUCAGAGACAUUCGGAGAUUGCAGCAGCGCAUCACACACGGACAUCGAAGGAGAGACUCAGAGAGACAAAGGAGAGACAGAAAGACAGAGAGGGUGCGCGUGUUUGUGUCGGUGGGGAUGAAGAUCCAGUUCGCGCCGCUCAACGUUCCAUUCCAGCGGCGCCUGCAAACGGCGGCGGUGUUACAGUGGCUGUUCUCCUUUCUCGCACUUGCCCAGGUGUGUCUGGCUGUGUUUGUGCUGCUGGUGGUCAGUGAUUGGUGGCUGGUGGCGGUGCUGUAUGCUGGUUGGCUGUGGUUGGAUCGGGACACGCCCAGCUGCGGGGGUCGGAGGUCAGAGUGGAUGAGGAACUGGAGCGUCUGGAAGCAUUUCAGAAACUACUUCCCUAUCUCUCUGGUGAAGACGGUGGACCUGGACCCGUCGUAUAACUUCCUGUUUGGGUUCCACCCCCAUGGCGUCCUGGUGGCCGGUGCCUUCGGGAACUUCUGCACAGAAGCUUCCGGGUUCUCCUCGCUGUUCCCCGGGCUACGCCCACACCUGCUCAUGCUGCCCUUCUGGUUCAGGGUCCCUUUCUUCAGGGACUACAUCAUGGGUGGAGGGCUGGUGUCCAGUGAGAAGGCCAGUGCGUCCUACCUGCUGUCCAGGCCAGGAGGGGGCAGUGUGGCGGUGCUGGCUGUAGGGGGCGCUCCAGAGUCCCUGGAGGCUCGGCCAGGAGCCCUUAGGCUGCAGAUAUGCAACCGCAAGGGCUUCAUCAAGCUGGCCCUAAAGCAUGGGGCCCAGCUGGUCCCUGUGUUCUCCUUCGGUGAGAACGAGCUGUUUGACCAGAUGCCCAACCCAGCUGGCUCCCCACUGAGACACCUGCAGGAGUGGCUGCAGGGCAUCAUGGGAGUAGCUCUGCCGCUGUUCCACGCCCGUGGAGUGUUCCAGUACAACUACGGGCUCAUGCCCUACAGACAGCCCAUACACACCGUGGUGGGCGCCCCCAUCCGGGUGGAGCAGACAGCAAGUCCCAGCUGUGAGGACAUUGAGCGUCUCCACUCCAGAUACCUGCAGGAGCUCAGCCAGCUGUUUGAGGAGCACAAGACUCACUACGGCAUCCCUGCUGACCAGCACCUGCUGUUCAUCUAGACACACACACUCACACACACCUGCUGUUCAUCUAGACUCACACACACCUGCUGUUCAUCUAGACUCAC